AGUUGAUAUCAGACUUGCAAGUGACGUGGGCAAGUCAGCCUGUGACACCACUUGUGCCCAGAAAGGCAGUGCAGCCAUACAAGUACCCAGGAGAGUGAACGCUCUGCUGGGCAAACAGCUGGAGUGUGAAUCGAAACAGCUGGAUCAUAGUGUCAGACUACCACAGUCCAUGUGACAGAGGCCUGAAACCAGUCUGGGUUUGAGUUGGAGGCUCUGGUCCCUCCCCGAGGGGCGCUCCCGCUGCAGCCCCCAGCACGAGAAGGGGCGGAGCUUCAGCCAGCUCGUGGGAAGCGCGCCCGCGGCGCCCGUCCUGGGGGAGGGGCCGCACUUCCCUCAGCGGCGGCGGCAGCAGACUGGGAGCUCGCGGUAAUGGCUGGCUUGUAGCCCGUUAUUUUCUGACGCAGUCAAGCAAGGAACCAAGUUGUGUACGCUAGAGCCCUGCGUGUAUCCUGCUUGUGAGCGCUCCUAUCAGGCCACAGGGAGUGGCCUUGUGCUCUGCAUCACUGCGGGGGCGGAGCCUUCUCUGAGCAGUGCCUGUGAGUUCUGCCCUGCCAGUCUUGGGGGAGGAGCUGAAUUUUAGCAGGCUGCAGCUGACAAGAAGCUUCAAGGGUGAAAGACUUGCCUGGAAAUCAACUGGCUUGAGAAUCAAGAUAGUUGGAUCACAUUGCAAGACUGUCACCGUCCACGUGACAGAGGUAUCUUCCAGAGUUCUCAUUCAAACAACAUGUUCAAGUAUCCUGGGGACAUCUGAGGAAGAAAAUAGUGCACAUAAACCAUAAACUUUUUGUGGUUCUAAAUCAAAAGGAACUUUACUAAGACUGUUGUUUUGGUAGCACUUGUAUUUGCAGCCACAAGGCCAACCAAUCUUUGUCUGUAAUCCUAACUACUUGUCACACUCAUCUAAAUCAUAAUGGAUGGCGAAUAUGUCCUGUGUAAUUGGAAAGAACAGUUAUGGCCAGCAAUAGUCUUAUAUAGGUCUGAAACUUCAUCCAACAGUAAAAGGAAAAAGACCUUUUCCCUGGAAGUGCAAAUACUUUCGCUAGAUGAGAAAAUUACUGUGGACAGCAAAGACACAAAAGUCCUCAGUAAAUCCGAGGUUGAAGCCAUUAUGUCCUCACUAGCAGGACAGUCAGAGGUGAGAGUUCCACCAAGGGAAGAGACAGCCUAUGAAAGAUCGCUGAAAAUGGCACUGGAAAUCGUGAAAGAGAGAACAAAUCAGAGCCAGGAAAGCAUGCCAGAUGAAGAAGACACCACUACAGCAUCUGAAAGUGUGCCACAACAGCUGUCUGAUUCACCUCCUCCUAAAAAGUAUCGGAAACUUGAAAGCAACCUCCAAGACGACUCAGCUUCUAUGUUACUAUGCUCAGAGAGUGAUGAUUCCCUAUCUGAUGAUAAGUUACAGGUGCACACAACCAGUGAUAGUAUUCCAAGUGAAGUGGAAACAAAGUCAUCACAGAACUUCAGCUGGUGCCAAACUUAUCCUUCAUUUCCAGAUGAUGAUGAUGAUAAAAAAGAAGAAAAGAAAAAGAUUGACAUCUCAGCAAUCAUGUCCGUGAAUUUAUCACUCAAAGAGGAAAGUGAAGACAUUAAAGAAGAAAAGUUUGUCCCAUCAUCAGACGAUCUUGCUGUACCGAAACAGGAGUCUCAAGACAUCUACUCAGAGGUCCCAGUGGUUUCCUCUGAAUGUCCCACCUUCCCAGAGAAUAAUAUGGAAGAUCCUGGAGAGGGCCCAUCGAAUCAGAAUCCAUGCUUCUAUGGUAGCCAAAAUCAGUCUUCUGUGGAAUCAGAAGUAGGUGCUGAGACCUCCCCUGCAGGGUGCUCAGGGGAUUAUCAGGUUUCACUUCCUGCCUGUAAUCCAGUCAAUAGUGAUCUACUGCUUCAGAGACUGGAUUUAGAAGAUCUUGAGGAAGAAGCCCGAGCUUCUGGCAAGCUAUUGUCUCUGAAUCCUGCUAGUGCAGCUGCAUUAGAUAAUGAUGACGACGACGAUGAUGAAGACCUUCCUCGCUUCAUUCUCUGCUAUGAGACACGUGCAUUUGAAACCGGAAUGAUAGUGUGGUUUAAAUAUCAAAAAUACCCAUUUUGGCCAGCAGUGAUAAAAAGCAUUAGGCGAAAAGAGAGGAAAGCGAGUGUGCUUUUUGUUGAGGCAAACAUGAAUCCUCAAAAGAAAGGUGUUAGAGUAUCCUUCAGAAGAUUAAAAAAAUAUGACUGUAAAGAGAAGCAGGCACUAGUGGAGAAAGCUAGGGAGGAGUAUAGUGAAAGUAUCGAUUGGUGCGUGUCACUCAUUUGUGACUACAGAGUUAGACUAGGCUGUGGUUCUUUUACAGGCUCCUUCUUUGAAUAUUAUGCUGCUGACAUCAGUUACCCAGUCAGGAAAAUAAUCAAACAAGACACCUUCAGAAAUAUAUUUCCAAAGCUACACAAUGAAGACACAGGGGAACAAAUGGCUGUGACAUCCCACGCCAAGAGAAUAUCUUUCCAGAAAAUUCUCCCUGACCGGAUGAAGCCUGCUCGGGAUCGAGCUAACAAGAACCUGGUAGAUUUCAUUGUCAGUGCAAAAGGAACAGAGGAUCAUCUCCUGGGCAUUUUAAAGGGCACAAAAAAAUCCAAAUGGCUGAAAUCAUUUUUGAAUGCAAAGAGUUUCACACCAUGUAUUGAAACAUACUUUGAAGAUGAAGAUCAACUGGAUGAGGUGGUGAAAUAUCUACAAGAAAUCUAUAAACAAAUAGAUCAGAAGAUGCUAACUCUGAUAAAAGAUGACAAAAUCAAGUUUAUCUUGGAAGUUCUUCUACCAGAAGCAAUUAUUUGCUCAAUUUCUGCUGUUGAUGGCUUAGAUUAUGAGGCAGCUGAGGCAAAGUAUCUAAAGGGGCCAUCCCUUGGCUAUAGGGAGAGAGAAUUAUAUGAUUCCAAAAUCAUAUUUGAAAAGAGACGGAGGUCGCUAGCAAAUGAAGCUCAUUAAUUGUGCCAAGAGUUGAAUACAUAAUGGAAGUUGGAUGAAACUUUGGAAAAGUAAUCAUUCAAAAUUCCAAACAUGUAAAUAUUUGCUGAAAUGUUUGCAGGGGAGGGUUUUUGAAUCAUAAGUUCUUUUAUUUUUUGAAGAUCUGUGUGAUCUGCAGAUACCACUACAUCCAUCUUUAUUUUCUUGCGCUUUUUCAGAGUCAGCUUUGCCAAUAUAUUUUUAGCAGUUUAAUUUUCUAAUACAUGUUAGAAAGCAUAAUUCUUAAGAUAUUUUAAGGGAAACUAUUUUGUUCUAUGAUAUUUUUGUGUCUUUGCUGUAUAGGUAAAUACAGUAUGCACAUUCAGUUUAAUAAAGUUGCACUGGUGUUAGAUUUUAAGCAAGAGAAUUAGAAAAGAUGUCUAAAACAAAUAUCAGCUAUAUAUUUUUUGCUCAAUUUUUUUUUAUAAAAUACUGAGUUUUCUCUUAAGAUAGCUGAA